GGUUGAAUGUCAAGCGGUGCGAGUUCUUUUCUGCCUCUUCCGCGUUUCGGGGGGCGGCAAAAGCGAGGGGGAUUUCUACAUCAUGGCGUUUAAAGUCUUUUUCCCUCUUUGCUGCGCUUCGGCUGAAAGUGGCCUUCUGAUUGGACGAUGGAUUCCCGAACAGAACUCCAUUGUUAUCCUGGCUGUGAUCCAUUUCCCUUUGAUUCCCGGUCAAGUCAAGCAGUACCUCUCUAAAAUGCAACAUGCCACCCAAGUCCAACUGUCCGUAUUGGGUUCUUGGACUAACAGCGAAGAAAAGCAGAAUUUGCAAAGGUUCCUGGAAGACCUCGGCACCAUUUUUUCCCAGGGCCCCUGGAUCCAACUCAGCAGGCAAAAGGACAGCAAGUUUUGGAACUGUUUGGCCACCUGGAAGGAAUCCAGCAACAGCAGCAGCAGCAGUCUCGGCGUCGAAGAAAUCAUCGUGAUCUAUUACGACCAGCGUAAAGUGAUGUUGUCGCAGCUUCACCCGCCUAACCAUCCCGGGGUAGCUUCCAGCCAGAAGGCAGCCGACGCUUCCAAGCUCGCUGCUGUGUUUGACAUUGUUGCCAAAAGCAAAUUGCUGUUCAUGAAGGACCGGUAUGACGAGGGGCCCAUCAGGCUCACCCACUGGCAGUCUGAAGGGGUGGAGGCCAGCAUUAUCGUAGAACUGUUGAAACAGGUCUCCGUCCCCGCCUGUGCGCUGAUAACACUCCUCCUUUCCUUCGUGGCUGGCAUCUGUAAAAGCAGGGCUCUGACAUUUUGGCCCCUGUCCUUCAUCUGGAGCAAACUUUCCACCUACGAGCAGUUGAGGCAUCGGUUCCAACAUCUCCAAGUCAUCAGCAGUGAGAAGGCAGCUUCGGAUCAGGCCCAAGCAAUGAGGAAAGCCAACAUCUUUAUCUCUCUUCUCAUCGACGUGGCUCUCGGCAUCCUGCUCAUGUCCUGGUUGUAUCAAAUGAACUGGAUUGGUUAUCUUGCCAGUGGCCUCGUCCCAGUGGCUGAUCAUAUCGCCCAGCAGCUCCAGAACCUCCUGCAGUGGCUGAUGGGUGUGCCAGCCGGUCUAAAAAUGAACAGAGCUUUGGAUCAGGUGCUGGGACGCUUUUUCCUUUACCACAUCCACCUCUGGCUCACUGUUCAUUGGUACUUUGCUGUUUACCAUCUUGCUGUUUCUGCUACCCACAACUGCAUUGUAUUACUUGGUUUUUACUUUGCUGGUGUCAAAUUCAGAGUUCUGGAGCAGGAAACUGGGAUACCUCUUCGACUUCUGAUGCAGAUCAACCCUCUCGCUUACGGCCGCGUGGUACAGAUCUAUAGGCUUCCAACCUACAGCGGCUACCCAAAAGACUCCUGGGCUUCUGUGUGCAAGAAGUUGUUCGUCGGAGAGCUCAUUUACCCUUGGAAGCACAAGGAGGAGAAGCAAGACUGAUUGGGGGGCACGGGAUAACCAGGAGUAACUCCAAAGACUUACUCAGAACCUAUCAGGGUUGGGAGCAGCUCUUGGCUGACUAAACCUUGUUGCAACUUCCGUUGUCAAGAACUUGAGGGUAAGACUAACCUAGGCUUCCCCAAAUCACAAAGUUGGGAUUCCUUGUCCCGACAAAACCCCUUUUUAUUAAGCUAACCUGA